AAUUUAAAUAAAACCGCUAUUACUUAUCUCUAACUUUUCUCUCUCAAAAUUUUUCUGACCUGUCCAUAAGUGUUGUUUGGUUUUGGUGUAUAUCCGACAAUUUUAGUUUGUUCAAGUUUGGUAGUGUUUUUUGUCUACAAAGAGAGAAAGAAUAGUUCUUUGCCAAUUGCCACAGUUCACUUCUUUGGCUUCUUCAAAUUUCGACUUUCAUUCACAACUAUUUGCCAUACUUCACUUCUUGGUUGAUGAGAAAGUGAUGGUACUUUAAUUAGUUGAAGAAGAGCAUAUAUAUAUAUAUAUUAAUCAAGAUUCUACAAGAGUUGCUUUCUUCAGAUUUGGUUCUACUAUUCUUUUGUUGUGUAUAAAUUCCCAAACUUCAGAUGGUUUAUGUUGCAAAAACCACUUGAAGAGAACUAAGAAGACCCUUCUCUCCUUUCUAACUUAGCUUGCUUCCUUAAUCAGGCUUGCUAGAAACAAGUUGCCAAGUCAAAAUCAAGAAAACAAAAAUGGAAAGAGAGUUACAUGAGCGAAACAAUCAAGAUGUGCAUGGAUUUGAGAAUACUAAUAUGGUGCCAUCAGUGGAUUAUGAUAUUCAAUACCAGCAGCCUACUGAUUUUAAUCCUAUGGAUGAUACAGAUAUUUGGCUUAAUGUAAAUGACACUUCCAUUAAUUUCUCCACUGAUUUUCAAGAUUUUCCAUGCAUGUCCUCGUCAUCCUCAACAUCCUAUUCCCCUCCUACUACUGAAUCUGAUCCCUCUUCUUGGGCUGUCCUAAAAUCUGAUGCUGAACAAGAUUUCGACAAGAAAAUCGACAAAAUUGGUGACCAGGAAUGUCUAAAUGUGAUGGAGAAUCUUGGUUACAUGGAUUUAAUCGAUGUAAAUGAAUUUCUUGAUCCUAUCUCUUUGUUCCAAAAUGAAAAUCCACAAAAACAACAAGAAGAAGAGGAUCAGGAGCUGUCUAUUUUUCAAGGGGAUAGUGAGCUUGCACUUAUGUUCUUAGAAUGGCUAAAGCAAAACAAAGACUACAUUUCUGCUGAAGACAUGAGGAGUAUUAAGCUCAAACGUUCAACAAUUGAAAGCGCUUCGAAACGGUUGGGAAGUACAAAAGAAGGGAAAAAACAGUUGUUGAGACUCAUUCUUGAUUGGGUUGAACAACACAGAUUGCAAAAGAAACAAAUGAGAGAAGCUGAAGCCAUUAAUCAACAAACUCUUCAAAACACUGCCCCUUAUAGUUUUGAUCCAAAUGCUUGUUUUUAUCCCUCUCAGUGGAUGGCAACUCCGGCUUAUAACGUCCCUAAUUUUCCUGAUUCUAGCCCUGUAAUGGCAGGGCCAGUACAGGGGUACAUUGGUGAUCCUUAUUACUCUAAUGGAUCUUUAUUUGCGCCUCAAACAAUGAGUGGAAGUGCAAAUUCACCGGCUUCAACAGAGUGUCAACCUAUGGAAACUUGUCAAUCCUGGUCUUCGUCACAAUUUACAGUGGCGGGCGCUUCUCAAUACAAUCAAUUUCCUGAUAAUGAUAGUACUAAUAAUGUUGCUAUGGCUGAUCAGCCUCAAGCUUUAGUUCAAUAUGGUCCGUACCAACUUUUCGAUGGGAAUGGUGAGAGAUUGUCAAGGUUGGGCUCAAGUGCUACUAAAGAGGCUCGGAAGAACAGAAUGGCUAGGCAGAGACGAUUACGUCCCCAGCAUUAUCGUCACCAAGCUCACAAUCAAAGACAAAUUACUAAUGAGCAAAGUCUAAUGAUGGGUGGAGACAUUAAUUGUGCAAUGUCUCAAGCUAACAAUCCAGGAAAUUGGGUAUAUUGGCCUUCUUCUGCUGCUGCUCCAUCAAUGGCGAUGGUUCCACAGGCUGAUGCUCCCCAAUCACUUCCAGCGGAGAGGCCGGCUCUGCAAUCACAGAACCAUCAGAGGCCUGGUUUGGCAGACAAAAGACAGGCUUGCAAAACGGAGAAGAAUCUCAAAUUUCUCCUGCAAAAAGUACUGAAGCAGAGCGAUGUUGGCAAUCUUGGAAGAAUUGUGCUGCCAAAGAAAGAAGCAGAAAAUCAUCUCCCGCAACUUGAAUCAAGGGAUGGAAUUUCAAUUGCCAUGGAAGACAUUGGAACUUCUCGUGUUUGGAACAUGAAAUAUAGAUUUUGGCCAAAUAACAAAAGCAGGAUGUACCUUCUUGAGAACACAGGCGAUUUUGUUCGAGCUAAUGGACUUCAAGAAGGCGAUUUCAUUGUAAUAUACGCCGAUAUAAAGUGUGGCAAAUAUUUGAUACGUGGAGUAAAAGUGAGGCAGAAUGGACCAAAAGCAGAGGGCAAAAAGCCAGCAAAGAAAAACCCUCGUAAGUUAUCUGCAGCAGCUAUUAGCUCAUCUCCAGUUGCACAAGCAGUUAGAUAAGUAAUCUCAACAAGUUUACAAAUUGGUAAGCAGAGUAUCAUUUUGUAAACUAGAAUUCACUGUAGAUGACUCUGACUCAUGCAAAGACAUCUUAAGGAGUUUGUAAUUGUUAAUCAGGGCAACUGCCUAAUGUAGAUAAAUAUGUAAGUUGUAAUCUGAAUGUGUUGUAUGUCUAGCUGUUUUCUAACUUUAUGCGAUGUAAUGACCAUCAUUCAUAAUAUAGUUUAAGUUA